AAAAUCUCGCACAUGAGAGGAACAUAGCUACAUUUACUCCGUAUUUAUGAUGUCUAUAGUCGGACUUCGGAUGGCCGAUGAUUUGGGAGUUCCGCUGACUAACAGUAUGGCCGACUGUGGGGCGGGCAUGUACAUACUAUCCCAGUGACUUUAUUUGACUUCUGGAUCCCACUGGGAAAGAUAAAUAUCAAGAGGAGGGUCCCAAGACAUAGUCACAUUCGCUACGACCAACGUUUCUCUCGUCACAGUUGUCACAUCACUUCUCACCAGGCUAUCAUCACUUCGUACACUAUGUCUCUGGCUGUCAUUGUUGGCGCUACUGGCACCCAAGGUGGCUCAGUUGCUCGUCUCCUGGCCAAAGAUCCCUCAUGGAAAGUACGAGGUCUUACUCGCGACGCAUCUAGCGCCAAGGCCAAAGCACUUGAGGCUAUAGGGGUUGAAGUGGUUGCUGCCGAUCUGAAUGAUGUCGGGUCCCUACAGGCAGCCUUCAACGGCGCUACUGCUAUCUUCGCAGUGUCUGAUUUCUGGACUCCCGUAUUCCAGGGUGGCAUCGACACGGCACAGAAGGUAGAGCUUCAGCACCUCAUCAACAUUGCGGACUCAGCCGCCCAAAUCCCGACCCUCAAACACUUAGUCCUCAGCGUUCUGCCAUCCUGCGACAAACUCUCAGGGGGGAAGCUGCCAUGCCCACAUUGGGAUGCGAAGGCCAGGGGUGCCGAUUAUGUCAAGACAUCGCUACCGCAACUGGCAGCGAAGACGACGUUUGUAUGGGCAGGAUUCUAUUUGGAUAACUUUGCCAAUCAGCCCUCAAUGCAACCCCAACCAUUCUUGGGCAACUACAUUAUGGCCCAAGCUUCAAAGGCUGACGCGAUUGCUCCUUGCGGCGGAAUUGUGGCGACGAACACUGGCAUUGUGGUUCAGGCAAUUCUAUCCCAGCCAGAGAAAACGUAUGAGAAGUACGUACCCAUUAUCACCGACCUUAUCUCCUGGACCCAGCUCGCAGAGGAAUGGAGCAAAGCUACUGGAAAGACGGCAGUGUAUGCCGAGUUGACCGAUUCAGAGGCGGCCAAGGUAUAUGGCCCCCUAUUUGGCCCAGAGAUAGCCAGCCAGCUGCGGUUUAGCGAGCAGUACCCGGAUUGGAACAAGUUCUACCCCGAGGAGACCGUCACCUUGGAGGAGCUCGGCGUCAAAGAUAGGGUUGUUGGUGUUGCCCAAGGUUUUGAGUUGCUCAAGGACCAGAUCGUUCCUUGA